AUGAGCUUGCUUGGGGAGCCUCCGCCACAAUCCGAGCGCCAGGAACUGGCUCCAUGCGUCCGUUAUGUCCCGGUGCCAAAAACGACUCGGGUGGAGGUGCAAGAUCGUCGUGUUGGCCGGCAAGCAGAGGAGACGCGCCGCUGCAACUUACGAGUUGGCGCUGUGCCUAACGCUGCCGGAUCUGCUUACGUCGAACAGGGCAACACGAAGAUCAUUGCUUCCGUAUACGGCCCCCGCCAAGCAGAACGGGACCGACAGCAGGCCAGAGCCGAAGGUCUUCUCGCUGUGGAGGUCGUCUUCGCACCCUUCUGUACAAAGGAGUUCAACCGCGAGGAGAACGAGAAAAGAGAGAUCCUUUACAAGUCCCUGCUUCAGGGGGCUCUGGAGUCGGUGAUUCUGUUGGAGAGGUAUGCAAAGACAGCCUUCGACAUCACACUCCUCGUCUUGGAGGACGACGGUGCCGUCCUCACCUCGUGCCUUGCAGCGGCUGCGAUGGCCCUGGCAGAUGCACGAGUGGAAAUGAGGGAUCUGGUGGCAGGUGCCACGGUCCAUUUGCUUCCCGAGUCAGGCAGACUCUUGCUCGACUGCGAUCGUGAAGAGGAGCGUUCCUUGCCAGAAGGGAGCUCUGUGCUCCACUUGGGGCUUUGUCCAAGACGAGGCCAUCUUUGCUUGCUGCACAGUGUCGGGCCACUGCCCCCUGGGCCUUUCGAGCAAAUGGCACCCGCGCUCAGCUUUACAUGGCCCGUUGUUUGCCCAUGUGCGAAGUGCCGUUUGCGCACACGUGCAGGUCUGGCCGAAGGGAAACCGAAUGGAGUCUUCGAUGUCUUGCUUGCGAGGCCUCUCUUCCCAAGCGGCCCAUGCAUUCGCAUCACCUGCGAGGAGUCCGGUGCAGGCAAGUCUUCACAUGGCGCCUCCCAGACAGCUCUCAUUCUGCAAGGGCCUGCCGUGCUUCCAGCAGACCAGUGCCCGCACCGCGAGCCAGCUGGCCGCUGUAGGAAAGCAUCGUUGCUGCUAUUGCUUCUUUCGAUUGAUGUUUGGCUGCGCACCAGUCAAUAG